GCAAGACCCCAUCUCGCGCCGCGUCUUAUUUCACAAGCCGCCGUGUAGCUCUGCGCUGCAAGCACCGGUCAACCACGCGCGCUAAAAAUUGUGAAAGUGUUCAUACAAAACAAGAUUUCCAGUCAGUGAGAGUAACACUGUAGCAGUUAUAACUGUUAUAACAGCUGCUGUAUAAAUAGGUGAAAAGUGUUGGUGUGUGGUGGGGUUAUUUCGCAAAUCUUUGAGAGGAGAGGGUUCAAUGGAAGCGAGGUUCGUGACCUGCCGGAGUUUCCAGCAAUCAAAGCCGCCGGAGAAGAGCCUCGCGCCUCCACCGACGGUGAAGGGGCUCUUGUCCAGAUUCGGGAGUCAGGCCCAGGCUUUAUUUGCGCCCAAGAAGCAGCGUUUCGGCUCUACAGUCGCUAUCCAUAAACUCCGUGAAACCAAGUGGUUCAAGCAUGAUGAACAGAAUAUCUUAUGUGCGGUGCUGGAGUCAGGAUUCGUGCUCGAGGUCAAAGCUGAAGACCCCCUGCCACCCGACUCUACCUUGUCACCAGAUUACCACAUGUAUGCAAUUGGCAUGUGGAAGAAGGGUAAAGAAAAAACAAAGAACCCGGAACAGAUAGAGGUGUACACCGUUCAACAAAAAGGUGUGCGAAAACGUAUUGUGAAGACAACACUGAGUGCUUUUUGGAAGAAAGAUUCAGUGAUACGCAUCAACAAUGUGGACGACAAACAAGAGACCCCGAACAGUGAAAAGGACAUAAGGGCUAAGCUGGAUAUGGCUACAAAGUCAAGGUUCGAGAGGAACUGGCAUAACACACUGCAUUUCGUCCACUGGUGCCGAUAUGGGGAGACGCCACAGGAGGCUCGUAUGAGACAGAUAAGCGAUUCGCUCAAGUGGGGCAACAUCGGCAUGAACAUGGGCGUGAUGCUGGUCAACCAGAAUGCGAUUAACGCACGAACAAAAGCUAAGUCAGUCUGAGUAAUGGCACCCAGCGGUUCCACCGCUGGCAAGUACUCCUGCUACGCUUGCUUCUGGCAACCCAGAAAGUGUGACAACGUCUAAAUUCUCAUUCGGAAUCUAAAAAAGAAUAAUAAAGUUUGGAAUUUAAUUUCAAAUUUGAAUUCAAACUCUCAUUGAAUCUGUGGAAUUUUCGUUGUCUCUCUCUAUCAGUAUUCUACUGCCUGCCUUCAGUCUCUCUUUAACGUUUAUGUGCUCAUACUUCGCUCCACUUCUAUUAUCUAGAUUCUCUAGAAUAUUUCUCACAUCUAUGACUCCACUUAUGGUAUGAUUAAUUUUUAAGACAAGAUUGUUGGGAGCUUUAAUUUUUCGUAGAAGAAAACGGUUGACAAAAAAUGUUUAAACAUUCCUGAAUCAAGACCUUGUUAGCUUACUAAAAUUAACUGUUAUUAUAUUAUAAAAGAGGCUCUCCCUCCCGCUUCUUCAUAGUUGAAAAUGUAAAACAAACAUGUUGAAUUUUACUGCCAAUCUUAAUAGUUCUAUAAAGUUUGGAAAACCAAUCAAAUUAAAGAGUUGCACUGUUGGGUAGCGUGGAGUUUAAAAGAGCUCUCUAUACAUUUCUGCAGCUUGUAUUUUAUACUUUUAAAGUUUAUAUAAGAAAUCUUGUUCUUAGUCUUGAGUGGACACCCUAGUCUGACGAGUAUUUCUUUUGUGUUUUGAGAAGACUGUUCUGAUUUUCAAUUGAAAGUUGUUUAUUGGAAAAUAUGUUGUUUAACCUGACUACGGAAAAAGGUAAGGUACUUCAGUACCUAUUUAUGAUGUAUAAAUUUUCGUCUGAUAACUCGUAAAGGGAAAGCAUAUUUUGGAUGGUUUGUGUGCCUAUGGCCGCCCCUUUAAGGGGACACGGUGAUGUCGUUGGGAAAACAUUCCAUUGGAACAAUCUGAUUAGUUAACUGAUUAUUAAAAUUUAAAAAAAAAUCUAAAAAAAUUACAAUGCUUUUCCGUAGUCGGUUUUAAAGGAAUUAUUCGGUUUUAAAUUUUAUUAAUAACAAAAAGUAUUCAAAUGUUACUUUGAUGCAUCGAGUAUAUAACCAGAAAUAGAGACGAAAUGUCAUUUAAUUUAUUUCAAAACUACUCUGCCAUAUCAUUG